AAAUUUUUUAGCUGACGAAGCGGAAAAUUAAUGCAUUUUGUUUCAUGUCUAAAUUUAACCUGUUGCCUGUGAUGUGGCUUUAGUUUGCUUGAACGGAUAUCUUCUGGUUGCAAUUACUUUAAGAAAAGUGAUAAUUUCACUUGUUGAGGAAGCGAUAGUCAUUGUAUAUGUAUGAACGUUUGCAAAGGAACGCAUGGCUGUCGUAGCCUCGUAGGGCGUAAUUAUCUCAUCAGGAAGUUUACAUGCAGCGUCCACUUGUUUAUAUUCAUUUGUAACAAAAUCUUUCCAUACCCAAGAUAACUGAUUUGGUUUAUUGGAUAUGUGGUGCUAUCACAAUAAAUGAAUAUACGUAUUUUGUGGAGAUAUGGCGGCAGACAUCAACCAAACUUUACACGACGAAGGACCCUGUUCUCAACAUUCUGCUUCUAUGUGCGGGAGCGAUACAGAUUGGAAAAGACGUACAUUAGAACUGGAAGAGCAGUUGUUUUAUUUGAGGGAAAGAGUGAAUUCGCAAACGGUAAAAAUUCGAGAGGCCGUCUCCCACAAGAUACAGGCUGCUGAAAACAAAGCAUUGCAAGCUGAAAUGAGGACAGAAAAGUUGCUUAAAACGGUCAAAGAACUUGAAGAAAGGAUGCAUUCGGCCGAAGAUAAAGUUGUCAGAUGUUAUGAACGGAAUCAGCACUUGGAAGACAUCAUUGAGCAAAAGGAAUCAGUGAUCAGACAGCUGAGAAACACUGUGUCCCGACAAAGCAAAAGUGGUGAAAACAAUGCACGAUUAUUUGAGGAAAAGAUAGCAAAAGUGAAAGAAUGGGUGGAAGAGUGCAAACAUACCAUUGCUGAUCUACAGUUACAAAUACAAGAAAAGGAAGAGAUUAUACGAAAACUAUCAAAUGUGCGUGAAAAAAAACUAAACAGUUCAAGUUCAGUAGAAGAUAAAGAUGGUGUUUCUAAUAUAGCAAGAACUAUGUCCAAGUCAGAGAUGGCAUUGCCUCAAGAUCAUGGCAAAGUCAAUGAUAUUGUUCCCGCCGUUCCAACACGUAGAGCAUCCCUUGGUAUACUCCAUCGCACUAAGAGUACCCCAAUCAAAUCUAGUGGCAGGCCUUCACUCAAGACAUUGAAGGAAUCAAAUGUGAACUCUGUUGAUAAGACGGAAGCAUCACAAAUAAGUAAAUAUGUUCUCACAAGAUCAAACAGUGUUAGUUAUAAAUCAGAGACAAAGGAUGAGUUUCCUGAUAGGACAUAUAUGGUUUUGGAAUCAAACAAUGAUAGCAUAUAUGCUGUAUCAAAAAAACACAAAUUAUAUGUGUCAGCUGAGAACAAAAAUAAUGAGCAACAUAUGACUGGGAAAGAAAAGUCAAAACAGCUUACUCAAUCAAGUGAAGAGGAAAUUGAACAUGUCAGUGACGUUGAACUAUCUCCUGCCAUUGAUAAAGAGAAGAUUGAGCUUGUUGAUGAGUUGGUAAAAUCUUUGGAAAGUCAAAAUAGUAAUGAUUUAGAACAACAUGUUGUAACAGUUAAAUUUAGCACUGACAACGGUAUGCUUACUGCUAACGGAGUGACUGCAGCAAUGAAACCUGGAACAGAGUCAGAUAGUACCAAAAAGGAUAUUAGCACUUCAAAACAAAGUGUAAAGCUGGCAAUCAAACCUGGUACUGAUGCAAAAGGUUAUACAAAGUUAAUACCUGUUGAUAAAAGAAUGAAUGAAGAUGUUGAUAUCUCAUCAAAAACAAAGGAAACAUUUAAAAGCUAUGUACCUAAUGAAUUUCUUGAGAACAGAGUUAAUUCAGAAAAGAUUGUUGUUGAGAGUGCAAACACAUCGUCAUAUGUGAAAGCGUCUUGGAUGCAACCCCAUAAAGUGCUGAAUCCUGUUUUUAAUGGAGUUAUUACUUCUGAAGAGUGGAAAAAAAGUUCAGAUGUAAAAAUUAUCAAUGGUACUUGUAAUGGAUUUCCGUCUAACAUUAAUCAAGUUUUGAGUUGCCCUGUUUAUGCCCAACUUGAAGGGCGAGCAUCGGAGAUCUUAGAUCGUCCUUGUACUGGGGACUCAACUGAUUCGUCUGACAAUGAUAACGACUCCUCCAUCGAUUGUGAUUCAUCAUCCGUAUCAAGAGUAAAGAGUAUCUCUGUGAGUGAUCGUAUUUUACGUAGAGGAAGCACAAGAAAGAAAGUCUUGAAAACGUGUGCUCAAUAUACAACGCAUAACUUGAAAAGUGAAUCUCCUCAGAAAGCUGGUUAUCUCACCAAACUUGGUGGUAGGGUUAAAAAUUGGAAGCGAAGAUGGUUCGUUCUCAGUGAAGACAAACUCACUUAUUAUAAGACUGAGAAUGACACAAAUAAAAAAGCCCUUGGACAAAUCCCACUUGGUGGUUUCUGCGAGAUAACACGAACAGAAGGAAGUCAGUCUUUUCAGAUUGAUACUGCAAAGCGUAAAUAUUAUAUGACUGGCGAAUCUAUUGAAGAAAUAGACGAUUGGUUAAAAGUAAUUCAAAAUGUUCUUAAAAAGUAUAUGACAAGCCCGCUUCUUGUUCAAAUCAAUGAAAAAACUUUCAUGAAAGGAUGGAUGACGAAGAUUAAACAUGGGAAAUCCAAACGUGUUUAUUGCAUAUUGCGUGGAAAGAUUUUAUGUUUUUAUAAAAACGAGAAUGAUCAGUCUCCUCCACUUUGGCUCAACAUGAAAGAAAUGCACGUUGAGAAGUCAGAGAAUGGCCACUCAGAAGAGUUGGAGCGUGACGAGAACGAUGAGCAACGAUCUUUGCGGUUUAUGUUGAGAUUGUGUAAUGAAAACCAACCAACAUCAAAUUCUGUUUAUCUUUCCUUUGAUAACAAACAGAACCUUAAUGCGUGGUUGUAUCAUUUGACGUUGGCGUCUGGAAAUAGUUUAGUUGGGACUGAAUUUGAAAAGAUCAUUGUAACCUUAAAGGAAGAAAAUGACUUUGAAAAUCCAUUGUGGAACAGUUCCAUUAUAACGCAUUCAAAGGAUCCACUGGAAUCUUCUUUGACCACGUUACCUUCAGCGGAACUAGAGAAUAAAGCAUUACAGCUCUUCAAAUCAAUUCAGUUGUUUUGUGACACGGAAUGCGUGCGAGGUCCUGCACUUGAUUAUCACGUAGCCAAUGCCCAGAAUGCAUUGCAAAUGUGUUUGACACAUACAGAGUUGAAGGAGGAGAUGUAUUGUCAGUUAAUUAAGCAGACUGCAAAGCAUGUUCAUCUACUGAGUGAGUCAGCCAGCGAACUGGAGCGUUUUCUUGAGUUACGUUCUGAAUGGUUAACGACGAAGCGGUCGCCUUCCGUGUCAUCUACAGGUACAAUAGAUCUUCGUCCAAUCAAAGAAUAUGUGUACGAACAAUGUUGGCAACUGUUGGUGUUAUGUUGUACCUUGUUUCUGCCACGUGGUCAUGUCAUGUGGUUUCUCGAGGCUUACUUAAAGAAAUGUGCUGCAAACGAGACAAUUAUUGGAGAAUAUGCCAAAUUUUGUCAGCGAUGUUUAAAGAGAACUAUAUUAAAUGGUGUAAGGGAAGAUGGUCCAUCACGAAUGGAGGUGCUAUCUGUUCUCGGCGAUCCUUUUCAAAAGAAACACUCUAUGAAAAUUUCUGUUCAUUUUGUUAACAAUACUUCGGAAGAUUUUGGUUUCGAUGCGGCCACGACUGUUCAAGAACUUAUUGACGCCAUAAACUCGGAGAUAGGUAUACGAUCAAUUGAACAGAGUGGCUAUGCUUUGUACACGGAUAAUCCUGUCAACACUGUUGAACAUUGUUUACAAACUAGUGUUAAGGUAUGUGACGUCAUCUCCAAAUGGGAGAAAGCUGUGCAGAGUAAGCAGGGAAGACUUAAACCAAACCGAACGAUACGGUUCACCUACAAGAAUAGACUGUACUUCAAGAGUUUAUCAAAAAAUGAGACACAAACAGAACGUUAUUUUCUAGUUUAUCAAACAUUUAAUGAUGUUGUCUAUGGUCGAUUUCCUCUUUCAAAAGAACGCUAUACGAAAAUGGCUGCAUUGAUGGCUCAGAUGGAAUUUGGCGACCGUGUUGCAAAAGAAAAUAAAAAUGAAGAAAGAAUAUCUGCAAUUCAAGAACGAUUUUAUCCAAGAAAAUUCAGAGAAUCAAUGACGAAUGAUCAACGACGGCAAUUGCAAAUCAUGUUUCUCGAUGCAUGGCAACCAUUGAUGGGAAAGACGAAAGAAGAAUGUAUAACAUGGUAUUUGCAUAUAGCUAAAAGUUCUGCAACGUUUGGAGCGAAAUUAUUUAUGGCAAAACAACGCCGCCUUGUUACAAAAAAACGGGAAUCUGGUUGUGAGCAUUUGGAAGAAAUCUGGCUUGCUGUCGAUGAGAAUUGCAUUAGCAUUCUGGAUGUUGUAAAAAUGAAUCCAGUGUUCAAGUACAAAUACAGAUCAGUGGUAACAUUUGGUGGAUGGAAGGAAGAUUUCAUGUUGGUCGUGAAUAAAACAACUCAAAUUACCGGUAAAAGCGAACUUGGUACCGAACGAUUGUUGUUUACAAUGCCUCGAGGAAAGGUUUUAGAAAUCACUCUACUUGUCGCCAGUUAUAUAAACGCUAUCGUCCGUCAACAAGGAUUAACCUUUGAUGUUCAAUGUACAACUGCAAGCAGCAGUGGUGCAGCUGAUGACGAUGUUAAAGUAUGGGAUAUGGAAAGUACUGAUUGGCCAGUCAUCCCAGGAACUGGACUUUUAUAAAUGCAAAUUACUUUGUGUGGUGUUAACGAGCAGUGUUGAAGGAGCCUGGUGCCAAGGACUGGAUCGUUAAUCACAAGUUGUGUGGUUAAAUGACAGAAGAAUUAUUGAAAAUUUCUAUCAAAGAAUUGUGAUCCCAUUUAUCCAAGGAAUUUUGAUGCUGCUGGUCUUUAGGAUUUUAGUUUUAUAAUAAAUAGAAUUUAGAAUUCGACAUUGUAACAAUUACAUGCAAAGUGGCGAUGAUGGUUGGGACGCUAUCUACUUAAGGUGUCAAAGACCUUUGGUAGACUGAUGAAAAUGACGCGCAAGAAUUAUGACUCAACUAAAUGAUAAUAAUAUGAUGAAUUAUUUAUGAAAUUCAAUGUUGUCUAGAAUAUUUAACUCAUUAAAAUCCCUAGAAUACUCUUUUCAA